GGGGACGAGGACGAGAGACGAAAAAGAAGCUAGAAAGAAAAGAGAAGGACCGAGCCGAGCACCACAAAAGCAGCCUCGGAUCUUGCCGGAGCUCCAAGCGUUAAGGGGAGGCGGGGAGUGACGCGCUUUGCGUCUGGAGCGGCUUCUUGGAGUCCACAGCACUCAGCCCAGGAGGCUCGCCUUCCUUUCUCUCUCAGACACACCAGAAACAAAAAGAGGGGCGAUCCCUGCACCAGCGCGAGGGACCCACCCGCACAAUGACCGAGACCACCAAGACCCACGUUAUCUUGCUUGCCUGCGGCAGCUUCAAUCCUAUCACCAAAGGGCACAUUCAGAUGUUCGAAAGAGCCAGAGACUAUCUGCACAAAACUGGAAGGUUCAUUGUGAUUGGCGGGAUCGUCUCUCCCGUCCAUGACUCUUACGGAAAACAGGGCCUUGUGUCCAGUCGGCAUCGUCUCAUCAUGUGUCAGCUGGCCGUCCAGAACUCCGAUUGGAUCAGGGUGGACCCCUGGGAGUGCUAUCAGGACACCUGGCAGACAACCUGCAGUGUGUUGGAACACCAUCGGGACCUCAUGAAGCGAGUGACUGGCUGCAUCCUCUCCAAUGUCAACACACCCUCCAUGACGCCUGUGAUCGGACAACCCCAAAAUGAGACCCCCCAGCCCAUUUACCAGAACAACAACGUGCCCACCAAGCCUACUGCAGCCAAGAUCUUGGGGAAGGUGGGAGAAAGCCUAAGCCGGAUCUGCUGCGUCCGCCCGCCCGUGGAGCGCUUCACCUUUGUGGAUGAGAAUGCCAACCUGGGCACGGUUAUGCGGUACGAGGAGAUAGAGCUGCGGAUCUUGCUGCUGUGUGGCAGUGACCUGCUGGAGUCCUUCUGCAUCCCAGGGCUCUGGAACGAGGCAGAUAUGGAGGUGAUUGUUGGGGACUUUGGGAUCGUGGUGGUACCCCGGGAUGCAGCUGACACAGACCGAAUCAUGAAUCACUCCUCAAUACUACGCAAAUACAGAAACAACAUCAUGGUGGUGAAGGAUGACAUCAACCAUCCCAUGUCCAUUGUCAGCUCAACCAAAAGCAGGCUGGCCCUGCAGCAUGGGGACGGCCAUGUCGUGGACUACCUGUCCCAGCCGGUCAUCGACUACAUUCUCAAGAGCCAGCUGUACAUCAACGCCUCGGGCUAGCAGCCACACAGCCUCUGCUCCACUCUCCCAUCGUCCUCUGCCAACACUCCGGCCCCUCCAGUCUCUGUCAGUCCCCCUGUUUCUCUCCUGCCUCUCUGUUCUCCAUCUCCUCAUCUUGACUGUUCUCCCCUUCGCUGACUCAACCCCCCACAGUGUGGGGGAUCUGCAGAGAACCACAGCAUACCCUCUUCCACAGUCAUCUUUGGACAAACUUUCCUCUAGGCUCUGGGUUGGGGGUGGGUGAGGGAAUAGGGGUGGGAGUUGGGGGAAGUGCAGUCCUUGGAGAUGUGCUGGUGUCCAUCUCCCAGCAUGCUCUAGAGAGCGGCUCUGGUGCCCAUCCUCCCAGCAUGCUCUGGGGAGGCGGCUCUGGCUCUCGCCUUCCCAGCAUGCCCUUUACCACAAAGGGCUAUUUUUCUUUCUUUCUCUUCUGUUUUUUCUCUUUUUGUUUUGUUUUGUUUUUUUAUUGUUGUUGUUCACUCCUCAUAGAACUUGGAUGAACUCCGUGUC